AUGUCACCUCUGGAAUGUUCUGAGUGUUUUGGUGACCAACUUCUGCACAGGACCUACACCUGGCACCUAACAUUGCACUCGAGGCCACAUUUUAUAAGAAAAAGAGACACCAGAUCUGAAAGCCUAGAAAUUCCAGUCAAUGUGGUUCUGCCUCAGAGGGGCACAGCCGAGCCCUUCCUGAGGCUCCACAACCUGUACCCCAGCCUGCGCUGUGCCAGGCAGGCCGCCCAACCCAGGCUGGGCCGCAGGGUGGUCAGCCAGCACUCUUACCCGCUGAAUCGCUUCUCCUCUGUGCCCCUGGACCCCAUGGAGCGCCCCACCUCCCAGGCGGACCUCGAGCUGGACUACAACCCUCCCCGCGUGCAGCUGAGCGACGAGAUGUUUGUGUUCCAGGACGGGCGGUGGGUGAACGAGAACUGCCGCCUGCAGUCGCCCUACUUCUCGCCCUCGGCCUCCUUCCACCACAAGCUGCACCACAAGCGGCUGGCCAGGGAGUACCUGCUGCAGGACGAGAACAGGUGCUUGCGGGAGGAGAACCGGGCCCUGCGGGAGGAGAACAAGACCCUCCGCAAGGAGAACAAGAUCCUGCAGGUCUUCUGGGAGGAGCGAAAGCUCUCCCCGGGCCGCGAGGACAGCAGGGCCCCGUCGCCGCUGCUGCGCAAAGACAGCGCGGCGCUGGAGGUGGGGAAGAAGGACACGGCCUUGCAGGUGCACCGCAGCAAGGAGAACAGCACCCUCCAGCUCCUCCGGGAGGAGAACCGAGCCCUGCAGCAGCUGCUGGAGCAGAGAACGGCCUACUGGGCCCCGGCAGAGGAAAAGACGGUCCCUGCGGAGGACAGCAAUCCGGCCCCCUCGCCCCAUGAGGAGCCGCACGGCCCCGGGCUGCUGACGGACCCGGGCACCGGCCUCUCCGCGUUCGAGGAGCCCAAGGGGCCGUCCAGCCCGCAGGAAGACUCCAAGACGCUCCGCGCCCUGCGCGAGAUGGUCAGCAACCUGGCGGGGUCCGCCCGGGAGGAGGAGGGCAAGGCGGGCGCGGGCUUGGCGGACGGCAGCCAGCCCCUGGAGCUGCUGAGAGAGAUGAACCAGGCGCUGCAGGCCCUGCGGGAGGAGAACCAGAGCCUGCAGGUCCUCCGCGAGGAAAACCGGCUCCUGCAGGAGGAGAACAGGGCGCUGCACGUGCUGCGCGAGGAGCACCGGCUCUUCCAGGAGGAGAACAAGGCCCUGUGGGAGAACAACAAGCUGAAGCUGCAGCAGAAGCUGGUCAUCGACACGGUGACCGAGGUCACCGCCCGCAUGGAGAUGCUCAUCGAGGAGCUCUACGCCUUCAUGCCCGCCAAGAACAAGGACCCCAAGAAGCCCCCCAGGGUCUGA